CUUUUGAAAAACCUUAAACCCCAGUACUAGGAAACCUUGAUCAGUUGCUUCCUUUCUCCCUCGUUGCCCAUUCCGAAGAAGAAAGCAUCCGAUCCAUCCUUAGCUCUCUUGUUGAAAGUUGUAGAAUUGUAGCAACUGAAGCUGAUGGAUCCUCAAACGGUGUCGUCCAAUGUGUCAACUUCUCAGAAAAUCUCACCUGAUGGAUUGAGAUAUAAGAAACGUGGUACUCAGAAGGAAGGAAAGAGGUUGUUGGGUUCAGUUCGUGUAGGAGAUGAAAACCCGUUUGAUUUUUUUCGUGUUUUUUAUGAGAGUGUAAUAGCUGGAGCUACUGCUGGUGUUGUUGUGGAAGCAACUCUAUACCCAAUUGAUACAAUAAAAACCCGACUGCAGGCAGCCCGUGGUGGAGGGAAAAUUAUUUUAAAGGGUCUUUAUUCUGGAUUGGGUGGAAACCUUGCUGGGGUUUUGCCGGCUUCAGCUAUAUUUCUUGGUGUUUAUGAACCUGCAAAGCAGAAAUUGUUAAAGGCAUUCCCUGAAAACCUGAGUGCUUUUGCUCAUUUGACUGCAGGUGCUCUAGGAGGUGCUGCUUCUUCCCUUGUUCGAGUGCCAACAGAGGUUGUUAAGCAAAGGAUGCAAACUGGGCAAUUUUCUUCUGCCACUGCUGCUGUACGCCUUAUUGUUGCUAAAGAGGGUUUUAAAGGUCUAUAUGCGGGGUAUGGAUCCUUCUUAUUGAGAGAUUUGCCCUUUGAUGCCAUCCAGUUUUGCAUCUACGAACAACUCCGGAUAGGAUAUAAACGUGGAGCACAAAGAGACCUGAAUGAUCCUGAGAAUGCCAUACUUGGUGCUUUUGCUGGGGCUAUAACUGGAGCUGUAACAACUCCUCUUGAUGUGAUAAAAACUCGAUUAAUGGUCCAGGGGUCAGCAAAGCAGUACAAAGGGAUUUUUGACUGUGUAAGGACUAUAAUGAAAGAAGAAGGAAGUCAUGCUCUUUUGAAGGGCAUUGGACCAAGGGUAUUGUGGAUAGGUCUUGGUGGCUCAAUUUUCUUCGGUGUUCUUGAAAAGACAAAGCAAUUGCUUGCGGAACGGCACCCAGAAAAUCAGAAGUCAUUUUCUCUCAAGCAAAACUAACUUUUAUUGAUAGACCAGAUAUUACUUUCCUUUGCACAGAUAACUGGUAUCUUGUUAAAUUUCUCUAGUUUUUAUCUGUUACUUCAGAGUAUGUUUUAGUUAAAUUUCUUGAAGCUAUUCAGUGACUCUUUAUUUUCUGCUUUUGUCUUGUUGAGGUAUUCCCUAAGCUUGAGGGAGCUCUCUGUUGUUUUUGAAUGACAAAGUGAGCCUCUUGCAUUAGUCCCACAUGAGAUCUUUCUUUCGACAAAUAAUUUUCAAUAUGACUGUCACAAAUUUUCCUAUUAUGUUUUGCAAGGAUUGUUGAAGUGUGGGUUGAUUAGUGAAUACCGGAUGUUUAAUUAAAGAACAAUUGGAAAGUGUGGAUACUUCAGGGAUGGUUCAAGUAACUAACAAAAAGAGUAUGUGUUUCUCUUUAUGUAGUCUGAGUUCAAAUUAGCUUGUUGGAAACAAAAUAAUUUUUCACGAAGAAAUAAAUUUGCUUCAAUUAGC